AUGUUCUUCACAGCCAUCCGCCUCGGCUCACGCACGACUUACCGUGGUUCGCGCGGUUCCGGCUCUGGCGCCUCGACCCGCACCUCAGCCUUCUCUUCCCCGAAAUCGCGCAAUGCCGCCGCAGUCGCCCUCGAGACGGGAACUAUCUUCAAGCGCUCCCAACGCGGUCUCUACGAUGGCAAGAUUAUUCAGUCCGGUCACAACGUGCCCAAGUCCCGCCAAAAGACCGCGCGAACAUGGGCACCUAACAUUCAGAACAAGAAGCUCUGGUCGGAAACAAUGGGCAAGUUUGUCAGUGCGAGAGUAUCGACGAGCGCUCUGAGGACAAUGGACAAGCUCGGUGGGUUGGAUCGGUAUCUGGCGAAAACAAGGGGGGAGAAGCUGGGCGAGUGGGGGAGGUCGUUGAGAGAUACAUUGGCGGAAACGUUGAGGAGUAAGAGGUUGAAGGAGGAGAGGGCGCAGGUGAGGGCGGGGUCGGAUGCGUAG